AAAUUACAAAUUACAGAAGUAAUGUGUGCAUCUAAAUUUUAAAUGGUUAAACCUCUGUAAACCCGGCCGUCCCUUGUUCAAAAACCCUUCGUCCGCCGCUCCUGAAUCCUCACAUAGUUAUCAACAAUGCCAAAAGGCGACGAUUUUAGGGCGAAGAAGAAGAAUAAAGCCAUUAGAAAGAAGCUCGCAAAAGAUCCUUCCUCGGUCUCUGCUCGCGUUGCUGGUAUUAUUGCCGCCAAGAAGCGUCGCCAAUCUGGCAAGCGCCGCCAAUGCCAGGGAAUGUGCUUUAGUCUUCCCACGCCACAGGAUCCUUACAAUGAGAGACAUGGAAAAGAGGAUAAUAGCACAAGCAAGAUCAAACGACUGCUUCCUCAGUCAAAUAAGAAAGGAACUUCAAAAAAUGUAGCAAAUGGACAACAAAAUUUAAUGCUUAGUGGUGAUCAAGUCAACAUAGAUAUCCAAAAGGCUAAAAGAUCUAAGCAUUUUGAGUCGGAAAAAAUACAGUUAGGAGAAGAAGACUUCCAGUGUCUUGGAGCGGAAGUACUUCCAAUGGACUUGGAAGAUUGUACCUUAGGAAAUUCUAGCUGCCCAUCUAAGUUUCUUUGCUCGUGCUUGAACUCUAUACGGGAUUCCUUGCUUGGUGUUGGUGUGCUUAAUAAGGAGCAGGACAAACCUUUGUUUGUUGAUUCGUGGGGAGUUGAUUUUUGGAAGUCGUAUUCUUUAGGAAUUGAUAUAUUGGAAAACAGUGGAACUAGUCCUUCUGUGCAGCAAAUGGCUUGGGUAGCCUCUACGGCAGCUGACAGCAUUUCACAGAAGGAGUCGGAUGGGAUAUCCAUCACCACACCCUUCCUGUUAUAUCUUGUUCCAUCUCAAGAAAAAGCGAGUAAGGUGCGUUCUGUGUGCAAGCCUUUGAAACUUUUUGGUAUACACACAGUGAGCUUACAUCCCGGUGCUCCGGUAGAGCAUCAAGUUGAAGGCCUAAAGAGUUGUGAGCCUGAAUUUCUUAUAGCAACACCUGAGCGCCUGAGGGAGCUUGUUUCACUUAAGGCUGUUGAUAUAUCUGGUGUUUCUUUGCUGGUUGUGGAUGGAUUGGAUCUAAUUCCUCAGUGCCUUGACGCGGUGAAAGGCAUAAAAAAUUCAAUUAGUGGAAAACCCUGCACAAUGAUUUUCCAGGGUCCUUCUGGUGGCUCUAAUAUUGAGGCUAUUGAGAGUAUUCUUCGGAAACCUUUUCAUACUUUAUCUAUAAAUGAACCAAGAAACAGUCAAGGUAUCAGAUCAAUUUGUGGUCACCCGGAUAUCUAAAGAACAAGUUCUUCCGAAGGCGUACAUUUAAGAUUACUGAAUGCACCCCGCAUUGGAUAUUGUGAAAAUCAUGUACCAUUCGUGAAAAUGAAGAGAGGAGAAUACGUGGGCAAGUUAGCCACGUGUGCUCGGUUGUUAUGCAACUCACCUACUUAUCGAAGGAGUGGCCUUGAGGACAAUGAUGUAUUUUUCAUAUAGGAUGCUCUAAAACAUGGCGAUGAUUAUACCAGUGAAUUGUUGUUGUCAUUGUACUCUGUUGUUUUUUGGUGGGGAAAUGACAUAUCUUGGCAUAUUCCCUGUAAUUUUGUGGUCUUGGUAGGCUUCAAGUCAAUCUUGACGGUUGAUAGGUGGUGUUGCAGUUGAUAUAUCGCAUCCCUUACUGUUAGAAUGGAUUGAUACAUUAGUUCACAGUAGUAAAUUUUCCUAAAAAGAAAUAUAAUUAGUAGAUCACGGCGCAAGCACAACGUAUUAUUCUUUUUUGGAAUGAAGGUAACUUUUGUCAUUAUAGUACCAGUUAUUGUAGAAUUGGUUAUAAUAAAAAAAUUGUUAUGUUAGUUAAUAAUCUAGCAAGUAGCAACCUUUCCAAUCAUUGUACCCCUAUGUUUAAAUGUUGCCUUUCUGAUUCGAUCUCUUUCAAGAGUGGAGGUAAGGGUGUGAGAUAUGCUAAUAUCUUUGAAAAAUUAAUGUUGAAGUUCAA